CGGAAUGGUUAGAUGGUCAGAUUCGUCUCCCAAGAGACAACCGUCACGGCCUUCAGAUGUACGGUGGGGACGGCAGUUGGGAGGUGUGCAUGAAGCGCGCGUGUGAAGAGUGGAAAAGCGACAAAAAUGGAAAAGGAGAAUCGAAUUCAAGAAAAGAGGAUAAAAAAGGGGAACUCUUUUGCUUAGAUUGUGAAAACAGAGCCGCUCCCACAAAAGUAGAAAUUGGGUUUUUGCAACAUUGCAGAGAGAUACUCAGAGAGGGAUGGAAGCAUGUGAGGAAUGCAGGAAGAAAUGCUUACUGAUUGAUGGGAAGAAAGCGCAUGUUCCCACCACAUUUUCCUUCUUCAAAGUCAUGAUUGGUUCUUUCUCAAAAUCUCUGUUCCUACCUCCGAAAUUUCACCGCAGAGCAGUAGCUUUGGUUGAUCAGAGCACUCUUCUUGAAGAUAUGAGAGGACAGCAGUGGAGGGUAAAGUUAUCGAUGGUAGAUGGGUCCUUGGCUUUUCAGCAAGGAUGGGAUAAAUUUGUGUCAGAUCAUUCUGUGAAGUUUGGAGAGAUCUUGGUAUUCAAUUACAUUGUCGGGUCCCACUUUCUAGUCCAAAUCUUUGGCACAAGUACCUUGGAAAGGUUGAACUUCUCCACAAGAAACAACGGCAAUCAUCAUAAAGGAAAACAAGCUAGAGCGAGGAAACCUUCCCCUGACUGUUCACCGUCUAUUAAAAUGCCACGCUACAUGGUUGAUACAGAUGCAAUGAAUGAAAAGGGAGCUACAAUGAAUGAAGAGGAAGCUACAGGAAGCAGAACACCUCCUUGUAACUCAUCUAACUUUGAGAUGUCUGAGAGUACGGACAAAGCACCAACUCCGAUGGAAAAAUAUUCUAAUUAUGCUAGUAGCUCUAAAAGGACUUCUGAUAUCUCGGUAAUACCACGCUAUGUUAUUGAUGAAGAUUCAAUGAAUGAAGUAGGAGCUGCAAGAAGCAGAACUGCUCUUGACUUUGAAAUGAUUGGGAAUAAGUGUGAUGCUGAAACUCCAGACAAACUUCCCACAAAACCGGGAAAAUCUGCUGAUCAUGAUAGUGGCUCUAAAAUGACUCUGGAUGAUGAAGAGGGUGCUGCAAGAAGUAGAAGUGCUUCUUUGAGCUCGUGUGAUGUUGAAAUACUUGGGACUAGAUGCAAUGCUGUAGAUACGCAGAAGUCAGUAUUGGAAGUAUCCUCCCGGUACAAAACUAGAUCUAAAAAGAGUUUUGAUGUGGUAGAAGCACCAUUCCACAAGGAUGGUGGAUAUUCAGCAAAUGAAGAGAGAGCUGCUAAAAGCAGAAUGGCUCCUUCAAAUUCAUCUGACUUCAAGAUGGUUGAGAGUAAAUGUGAUGCUGAAGAUUCGAACAAGAUACCAACAUCAAAAAAAUCUUCAGAUUGUGCCGUUAGUUCUAAAAGGAAGCUGAAGAUGUGGAUGAAGAGCAUUGUUGAUAACGAUUCGGUGAUUGAGGGAGCUUCAAGAAACAAUGCUGCUCAUUCAAACUUGUCUGACUUUGAGAUGAUUCGCAAUAAACCUGACGCUGAAGUUAUGAAAAAUGUACCAAGAAGAACAGAAACAUCUCAUCAUGAUGGUAGCUCCAAAAUGACUUGUGAUGCCUUGCAAAAAGCAUUCAACGUGAUUGACAAAGACUUGGAUGAAGGAGAUGUGAGAAGCCCACCUCGUCCUUCAUGCAUGUCUAACAAUGAAGGAGUUGCGCUUAAAUGUGACGCUGGAGAUAGGGAGCAAGUACCGAAUGCAAAGGAAGAAUCUUCCCAUCAUGAGAAUAGCUGUAAAAGUACUUUUGAUGCAUCAGACACCGCAUGCUACCUGAUAGAUGGAGAUUCAAUCAAGGAAGAGGGAGCUGCAUUCCAGAGUAAAUGCAACACUGAACAUGUGGAUGAAGUACCAAAAUCAAUAGUAAAAUCUUCCAAUUCUGCCGUUAGCUGUAAAAUGAAGCAGGAGAUGCGAAUGAAGUACAGUGGUGAGAAAAAUUCAGUGCAUGAAGAGGCAGCUUCAAGAAGCAGAGCCUUUCAUUCCAACUCUCCCGACUCUGGAGUGAUUGGGAAUAAAUGUGAAGAUGAAGGCAUGGAAAAAGUACCAAAAACAACAGAAAAAUCUCAUGAUGACAGCUCUAAAAUGAAUUCUGAUGCUUCCCAAAAUCCAUGCUACAUGAUUGAUGAAGAUUCAGUGAGCAAAGAGGGAGCUACAAGAUGUGAAACUGCUCCUCUAAGCUUUCCUGACACUGGAAUAAUUGAAACUAAAUGCGCUGAUGAAAAGGAUGAAGUAAUGACAACAAUGGAAGAAUCUUCCCCCUUCAAAAAUAGCUCUAAAAGGACUUCCGUUGCCUCAGAAUUACCACGCCACAUGAUUGAGGGAGAUUCAAUGAAUGGAGGAGUUGAUAGAAGUGGGAAUGCUCCUUCUAACUCACACGGCUUCAAUAUGGCUGAUGGUAACUUCAGUGCUGAAGAUGUGGAUAUGAUUCCAAUAUCUAAAAGGAUGCCUGAUGCCUCAGAAUUACCAUCUGGUGUUAUUGAUGAUGACAUGACAAAUGCAGAGGGAGAUGCAAGAAGCCGAACUGCACCUUUAAGCUUCACUGGCUUUAAAAUGUUCGAUGGUGAAUGCCAUCCUGAAUAUUUGGAUAAAGAACAGGAAACGACAGAGAAUUCCUCCCAUCUUGAGAACUCCUCGGGAAGACUCCAGACCAUGUCUAUGAUAGGGUACAGUGAAAAUGAGAAUGGAAGUGUGAACAUAUCCGAUGCUGGUAGCUGUAGAUAUCCUCUAUCUGAUGAACAAAAAUGUACAUACUCUGGAAACGAGCCAGUCACAUUGCCCAAAAUGGAAUUGGAUGAUGGUAACAUGGGAAGUGCCCUUGAGACUAAUGUGAAUGCAUCUAAAUGCCAUGAAUAUCCCCUUACAAUGGAAGAGAAACAUUGUCCAUCUGGGAACGAGCCACAUUCAGUUUUAGAAGAUGGACAAUUCGGUUCCUGUUCAAAAGUUGAACUGAAACACUGUAAAGUUGAGCCAGAAGAAAGUUUGGACUCAAUUGAAUUUUCAACCCCUAAUGAUGUCUGUUUCUGCUGUUCGAUGUCCGAGAGUAGUCUGUCUCGACUUGAAUUGCCAACAUACAUUCCAUCUGCUCUGACAAAGGGGAGGAAGAAACACAAAAGGGCAGUGUUAUUCCUCCGUGAUCCAGCCAUGAGAGUGUGGCCGGUCCUAUACCAUGAGAACAAGCAUAAGAGGAUUUUGGGCAGUGGGUGGAGCUCGUUUGCUGCAGCUAACAACCUAAAGGAGGGGGAUGCUUGCACUUUUGAAGUUGCAGACAAUUCCCAAGCUAUGCUCCAAGUGCACAUCUCCAGAAGGUAAGAACCAUACUAUCCGUAUCCAUCUGAGGUGCACUAGCCCUGCCUUUUCUCCUUUUUUGGCUCAAAUGCUCUACACGUAUGUUUUUCCAUGUGCAUGUUCCUGCAUACGAGUACAACUUUCAUGGGUGCAGAAGUCUGGAAUGAGAGAAUUUUGGUUGGAAGAUGGGAGUGUUGUGGGGAAGACAUGUUGCCAGAAACCAUCUCUUCCCUUUACAUCUGUGUCUGUGGGUGUUCAUAUUAGGAUGGUUUUGUUUUGAGAAAUAUGCAUUUGGGUUUUCCAGUUUGUAGUUAUGAGAUCCAUGGUUAAGUUAUCAAGAUGUUUUUCAGCCGUCCA